AUGGGAGCAAUGAAUAGAGAGGAACUUGAUCAAAGGGAAAACCUCUUCUAUAAUCGAUGCAAAAUCAUGCAUAAGGUGUGCUCUUUGAUCAUUGAUGGUGGUAGUUGCACAAAUGUGGUAAGCACGACAUUGGUUGACCAUAUAAAAUUUCCCACAAGGAAACAUCCUAGCCCCUACAAACUUCAAUGGUUCAAUGAUUGUGGAGAAGUGAGGGUCACGAAGCGGGUUGUAGUGAAGUUUAGCAUUGGCAAGUACCAAGAUGAAGUCUUAUGUGAUGUGGUGCCAAUGCAAGCAUGUCAUAUGUUACUUGGGAGACCAUGGAAAUUUGAUAGGGAUGCUCAACAUAGUGGAAGAUCUAACAAGUAUUCCUUCGUCUUUGGGAGUAGAAAGCAUACUCUUACCCCAUUGACACCCUAUCAAGUGAGUGAGGACUAUAGAAUCAUGAAAGAACUCCAGAAGAGAGUGCAAAAUGAAGAGGUUGAAAAGGAGUCCUUACUUAGCCAAGAGGGUCAAGGGGUAACAAAGGGGAAAGACAAGAAGUGUACACUUCCCAAACCAAGCAAUUGGUUGAAAGGUGUUGAUGAGGGGCACUUCAUGGAAUAUGAUGAGCUAUUUCCGGAGGAGAUGCCCAAAGGAUUGGCUCCAUUUAGGGGUAUUGAACAUCAAAUUGAUUUUGUGCCGGGAUCUCAAAUUCCCAACAAACCAGCAUAUAGGAGCAAUCCGGGGGAACUAAGGAGUUGCAAAGGCAAGUUGAAGAGCUCCUUGAGAAGGGUUGAUCUUAGAAGUGGCUAUCACCAAAUUCGUAUGAAUCCGGGUGAUGAGUGGAAAACGGCCUUCAAAACCAAGUUUGGUCUCUAUGAGUGGCAUGUUAUGCCAUUUGGCCUAACCAAUGCACCUAGCACUUUUAUGAGGUUGAUGAAUCAUGUCUUGAAGCCUUUUAUCAAUAAAUUUGUGGUUGUCUAUUUUGAUGACAUUCUUGUGUAUAGUAAAACAAUGGAGGAGCAUUUAGUCCAUUUGAGACAAGUGUUUGAUGUCUUAUUGCGUGAAAAGUUGUUUGCUAAUCUCAAGAGGUGUUCUUUUGGGGUUGAUAAAGUGGGAUUUAGUACUAUUGCCUUUCCUUUAACUGAAUUGAUCAAAAAGGAAGUUCCUUUUGUUUGGGGAUAUGAGCAAGAGAAGGAUUUUCAAGAGUUGAAGUCCAUGUUGAUUUCGUCACCAUUGUUGCAAUUGCCAAAUUUUGAGAAGACAUUUGAAGUCGAGUGUGAUGCUUCCGGGGUUGGUAUAGGUGGAGUAUUAAUGCAAGAGGGCAAGUCAUUGGCUUACUUUAGAGAAAAUCUAAAGGGGGCUUCUUUGAAUUACUCUACUUAUGACAAGGAGUUGUAUGCACUUGUGAGGGUAUUGACCCAUUGGCAACAUUAUUUGUGGCACAAAGAAUUUGUGAUUCGUUCGGAUCAUGAGUCCUUGAAGCAUUUGAAGAGUCAAUCCAACAAGAGACAUGCAAAAUGGGUUGAACUUAUUGAAUCAUUUCCUUAUGUGAUCCAUUAUAAGAAGGGUAAGGAAAAUGUGGUGGCGGAUGCUUUGUCUAGAAGGUAUGUUUUGCUAAAUACUAUGACUUCUAGAAUGAUGGGAUUUGAAAGCCUCAAGGGGUUCUAUUCUCAAGAUCCCGAUUUCAAAGAACUUUGUGAGGAGUUGACUCAAAGGAAGAGAGUUGACCGCUACCAACUUGUUGAGGGGUUCUUGUUCAAAGAUGGUAGGGUGUGUGUUCCUAUGAGUUCAUGGAGAGAGCUUUUUGACAAAGAAGCUCAUUAG